CAGCGGGAAAUCCCCCCCACGGGACCCCGCGGUGUCCCCAGCGCCGCCCCGGGGCCAUGGCCGCUGUCACCGUGCUGCUGCUCCUUGUCACCGCCGCCGCCGGCGCCGCCGGCACGCCGGGCGCGUCGUGGAGCGCUGUGCCCAGGAGGACGGUGCCCUACGAGGAGCUGCAGGACACUGCCAAGCGUUUCUCCCAGGGCGGGGUCUCUCACUACCUGACGCUGACGCUGGACGAGGCCGAGGCGCUGCUCUACGUGGGUGCCCGCGAGGCCGUGUUCGCCCUGGCCACGGGCACCGUGGAGCUCAAGGCGGCGAUCUCCUGGGAGGCGCCCGUGGAGAAGAAGGCGGAGUGCGUGCAGAAGGGCAAGAACAACCAGACCGACUGCUUCAACUACGUGCGCUUCCUGCAGAGCUACAACAGCUCCCACCUGUACGCGUGUGGCACCUACGCCUUCCAGCCCAAGUGCACCUACAUCGAGCUCUCCGGCUUCACCCUGGACCCGGUGGCAUUCGAGGACGGCAAAGGCAAAUGUCCCUACGACCCCACCAAGGGCCACACCGGCCUCAUUGUGGACGGGGAGCUCUACUCUGCCACCUUCAACAACUUCCUGGGCACGGAGCCCGUCAUCCUGCGCAACCUGGGCCCGCACUACUCCAUGAAGACGGAGUACCUGACCUCGUGGCUCAACGAGCCUCACUUUGUGGCGUCGGCCUUCGUGCCCGAGAGCGCGGGCAGCGGCGACGACGACAAGGUUUACUUCUUCUUCAGCGAGCGCGCCGUGGAGUACGACUGCUACGCCGAGCAGGUGGUGGCACGGGUGGCACGGGUCUGCAAGGGUGACGUGGGCGGCGCGCGCACGCUGCAGAAGAAGUGGACGUCGUUCCUGAAGGCGCGCCUGGUGUGCUCGGCCCCCGAGCAGCAGCUGCACUUCAACCGCCUGCAGGCCGUGUUCACCCUGCCCGGCGCCCGCUGGCAGGACACCGCCUUCUUCGGCGUCUUCCAGGCCCGCUGGGGUGACGUGGACGUCUCUGCCAUCUGCCGCUACCCCAUCCUGGAGGUGAAGAAGGCCUUCGAGGGGCCCUACAAGGAGUACCGGGAGCAGGCGCAGAAAUGGGGGCGCUACUCGGGCGAGGUGCCCACGCCCCGGCCUGGCGCGUGCAUCACGGACUGGCACCGGCAGAACGGCUUUGCCAGCUCCCUGGAGCUGCCCGACAACACGCUCAACUUCGCCAAGAAGCACCCGCUGAUGGACGAGCCGGUGCCACCCCAGCGCGGGCGCCCGCUGCUGCUCAAGAGGGAUGCCAACUUCACCCAGCUCGUGGUGGAUCGCGUGGCAGGGCUGGACGGGGCCACCUACGAGGUGCUCUUCAUUGGCACAGCUGACGGCUGGGUGCACAAGGCGCUGGAUCUGGGCACCCGCAUCCACCUGGUGGAGGAGCUGCAGGUGUUCGAGCCCGCCCAGCCCGUGGAGAGCCUGGUCCUGGCGGGCACCAAGAAGCUGCUGUUCGCCGGGUCCCGCCUGCAGGUGGCACAGCUGCCCCUGGCAGAGUGCGGGCGCUACCAGUCCUGCACCGACUGCGUGCUGGCACGGGACCCCUACUGCGCCUGGAGCCGCAACGGCAGCGCCUGCGUCCGCACCGACGGGCACAACGGCUCCCACCUGGUGCAGGACGUGCUGAGCUCCGACACCGGCGCCUGCUCCGUGCCACAGGUGGCCAAGCAAGGCUCCCUGACGCCCAAGAACGUGACGGUGGUGGCGGGCACCGACCUGGUGCUCACGUGCCGCCUGGCCUCCAACCUGGCGCGCGCCCUCUGGACCUUCGAGGGCCGGGCGCUGGCGGCGCAGCAGGUGCUGGUGCUGGGCGAGGCGCGGCUGCGGGCGCUGGUGGUGCCCGGCGCGGGCGCCCAGCACAGCGGCACCUACCGCUGCCUGGCCGAGGAGCAGGGCGCCCGCCUGCCCGCCCAGGAGUACCGCGUGGCCGUGCUGGCGGGCCCGGGGGCGCCGCUGGAGACGCGGGCGCCGCUGGAGAGCCUGGGCGUGGUGUGGGUGCUGGCCGUGUGCCUGGGCGCCCUGUGCCUGCUGCUGCUGCUGGCCGUGCUGUCGCUGUGGCGCCGCCUGCGCCACGAGCUGGGCAAGGGCGCCAAGGCCAUCGAGAGCACGCUGGUGUACCCCAUCGAGCUGCCCAAGGAGAUGCCCAGCCCGCGCUUCGUGCCCAGCGCCGCCUCCGACUCGGACGAGAAGCUCUGGGACCCGUCCAGUUAUUACUACUCGGACGGCUCGCUGAAAAUCGUGCCCGGGCACGCCAGCACGGCGGGCACGGCCUGCUGCCGCAACGGCGGCCCCGGCGCGGCCUCGCCGCCCGCCGCCAUCCCCGGGCAGCCGCUGCACUCGCCCACCCGCAUCCACCUGGGCCCCCUGCGCGGCUCGGCCUCCAACGGGUACAUCCGCCUGGCGCUGGGCACCGAGGAGCGCCCGGCCUGCGCCGACCUGGCCGAGGAGCUGCGGCGCAAGCUGCAGCAGCGCCAGCCCCUGCCCGACUCCAACCCCGAGGAGUCGUCGGUGUGAGCCGCGCCCGCCUCCGCUCCGGGGGCUGCUGCGGGCACCGCGGAGCGGGCACGGCGGAGCUGAUCCGGCCGGGGAUGGGUGCCUGGCAUUGGAACCCGGCUGGGGAUGGGUGCCUGGCAUCGGAACCUGGCUGGGGAUGGGUGCCUGGCAUCGGAACCUGGCUGGGCACGGGCACCUGGCAUCGGAACCUGGCUGGGGAUGAAUGCCUGGCAUCGGAACCCAGCUGGGGCUGAGCGUCUGGCAUCAGAACCUGGCUGGGCAUAGGUGCCUGGCAUCAGGAUCCAGCUGGGGAUGAGCGCCUGGCAUUGGAACCCGGCUGGGGAUGAGCGUCUGGCAUCAGAACCAGGCCGGGCAUAGGUGCCUGGCAUCAGGACCUAGCUUGGGAUGGGUGCCUGGCACCAGGAUCCAGCUGGAGAUGGGCACCUGGCACCAGGAUCCAGCUGAGGACAAGCAUCUGGCAUCAAGACCCAGCUGGGUACAAGCGUCUGGCACUGGCACCCAGCUUGGGACGGGCGCCUGGCACCAGGAUUCAGCUGGCAACGCACACUUGGCACUGGCACCCACCUUGGGGACAGGAUUGCCACACUGAUACCCGCCCUGGGGACAGCAGGGUGACCCCAGUGCCCGGCUUGGGGACAGCAGUGUCACCACAGGAUCCACCCUGUGCCACCCCAGUGCCAGUGCCCACCUUGGGGACUGAUGUGUUGGCAUUGGUGCCCACCUUGGGGACAGGAUGGUCACCCCAGCGCCCACCUUGGUGACAGCAGUGUCGCCCAGUGCCCACCCGGAAACGGGAGUGUCACCUCAGUGCCACUGACACGCUGGCAUUGGUGUCCACCUUGGGGACAGGAUUGGCACCCUGGCACCCAGCAUUGUCACUUGGGCACCUCCCUUGGGGACAGGGCUGCCACCCUGGCACCGCUGCCACCCCCUUCGGUACGGUGUCCCCAUGGAGGGACAGACGUGGGGACACCCCUUGUGCCCACCUUGUGCCCGCUGCCCUCGGGACGAUUUUUUUGGGCCGAUUUCGGGUUUUUCUCCCUGACAUUUUUCUAUCUGCACCCCCUCCCUCCGUGCCCCCCUUGCCAGGGCUCUGUGCCCACCCUGCCCUGGCCUUUGUCCCCUUUGUCCCCUCCUGUCCCCAACCCCUGCACGCCCCCCUCCCCUUUUGUAUAACCCCCCCCAGUGUAAUUUAUUUGUUA